UUAAAGGAAAUACUUUAUCAGAAGAAGAUGGCCACUGCACAGUUGCAGAAGACUUCCAUGAGUGCAUUGAUAUUUCCCAGUAAGAUAUCAACUGAGCAGCAGUCUUUGUUGCUAGUGAAGAGGCUCCUGGCAGUUUCAGUAUCCUGCAUCACAUAUUUGAGAGGACUAUUUCCAGAAUGUGCUUAUGGAACAAGAUAUCUAGAUGAUCUUUGUGUCAAAAUUCUGAAAGAAGAUAAAAAUUGUCCAGGAUCUAUACAGUUAGUGAAGUGGAUGCGAGGGUGCUAUGAUGCUUUACAGAGAAAAUAUCUAAGGAUGGUUGUUCUAGCUGUGUACACAAAUCCAGAAGACCCUCAGACAAUUUCAGAAUGUUACCAGUUCAAAUUCAAAUACACCAAUAAUGGACCAAUCUUGGACUUUAUAAGUAAAAACCAAAGCAAUGAAUCUAGCAUGUCAUCUGCUGACACCAAGAAAGCAAGUAUACUCCUCAUUCGCAAGAUUUAUAUUCUAAUGCAAAACCUGGGACCUUUACCUAAUGAUGUUUGUUUGACCAUGAAACUUUUUUACUACAAUGAAGUUACACCCCCAGAUUACCAGCCUCCUGGUUUUAAGGAAGGUGAUUGUGAAGGAGUAAUAUUUGAAGGGGAGCCUAUGUAUUUAAAUGUGGGAGAAGUCCCAACACCUUUUCACACCUUUAAAGUAAAAGUGACCACUGAGAAAGAACGAAUGGAAAAUAUUGAUUCAUCUAUACUAUCACCAAAACAAUUUAAAACACCACUUCAAAAAGUAUUGGUGGACAAAGAUGAUAUAGAAGAUGAACAGGAGCAUUAUAUAAAUGAUGAGUUUGACAUUGAAAGUAAAAUGGAAAAGCAGAAAAAAAGCUUUGGAUCUUCUGAAUUUGGAGAGCCAAGUUUAGUUUGUGAGGAAGACGAAAUUAUGAGGUCUAAAGAAAAUCCAUAUCAUUCCACUUCUCUCUCUCAGGUUGAGCAGUUAGUCAAUAAAACAUCUAAACUUGAUGUGUCUGAAAGUAAAACAAGAAGUGGAAAAAUCUUUCAGAAUAAAAUGGCAAAUGAAAAUCAACCAAUAAAAUCUUCUAAAGAAAAUCAGAAGAGAAGUCAACCCGAAUCUAGGAAAACAGUCCUCCAUCAAUUCUAUUCUUCUAGUCAAGAGUCAGUAUCAAAAAGGAGAAAAUUUAGUGAACCAAAGGAAGAUAUAUAA